AAGUAUUUGUCUGCUGUAUGAUAGUGAAAUAUCACUCUUUGAAGCAGGACUACUGAGGGAUCUUCAUCGUAAAUCUUAUUUUUUUCUGGACAUCUGAAAUGGAGCGGCAUCUUGUCAUAAUCCUGAUAUUUACAGGUCUGAUCCACUUCGUCCUGUCGGACCCUCGCAAGUACUAUUUGAUUCAGCAGCCGAAAACGUGGAACGACUCUCAGGUCUACUGCCGAGCCAAUCAUGAAGACCUGGCGGUCAUAGAAAGCGUCGAGAACGUGAUCAGAUUUCAGAGCGAUAUGAAGAAGCAAAACUUCACCUCCAGCGCUUGGAUCGGAUUGUACAGUGACGUCAACAACUGGCGCUGGUCUCUUGGAAAUGAGCCAGUUGGAAGUUCAAAAUUGUGGGCUGCAGUAUGGGGUCAACCGAACAACGCAGAAAGAAACGAAUUUUGUGUUAUAAUUGAUAAUUAUGGCUGGCUGGAUGCAACAUGUGCCCUUUUACUACGCUUUGUGUGUUUUGAUGGUGAGGAAGAAAAUGUUUCUAUUUUGUGUGUUUGUACUGUAACUGUUACUCGGCUAACUGGCUUGACAUAUACUUCAGAGCGGUAG